AAAAUCUGCAAUAAAUGGAAAUCAGCAUAAAAAAGACAAUUCUGAACAUCGAUCAGACGAUAGGGAUUUGUGUUGCCAAAAAUGAAACAAAAAUUUAAUAACAAAUCUUGAAUUGGAGAAUCGUCAGUCACCACAGCAACAAUUACACUACAUACUACGCUUAUAAAAAAAAUCUCAAAACUUUAAACGAAUCUAAGGAGGCAAACACUUUUUAUUUUACUUAUCAAAUUCGAACAUAUAUCAUUUCAAAUAUUUUUUCAAAACAAAAAAUAUACUUCAAAAAAUCUAGCUUGUAUUUUUUAAAGCAUUUUAAACGCGAUAAACUCUAUCAAAACCUAAUUGAUUGCUAAAAGUAACCAAAUUCAUAGAGCAUCUUUUAAACGGCAAAAUGCAUAUGGAAAUCCAAGUUGCUUUGAACUUCGUUAUUUCGUAUUUAUAUAAUAAACUGCCAAGGCGUCGUGUCAAUAUCUUUGGCGAAGAGCUAGAAAAGGCUUUGAAGGACAAAUUUCAGGGACACUGGUAUCCUGAAAAACCUUACAAGGGUUCUGCAUUUCGUUGUCUUAAGACAGGCGAUCCAAUUGAUCCAGUUUUAGAACGUGCUGCACGUGAAAGUGGUGUACCCAUAACAGACAUACUUGAAAAUCUUCCUAAUGAACUAUCAGUUUGGGUUGAUCCUGGUGAGGUUUCUUAUCGUAUCGGCGAAAAAGGAGCUGUGAAGAUACUAUUUUCUGAAAACAACGACAAUCACGAGGAUAACUCAUCAGCCGACCGUGAAGUUAAUAAAACCUUUAAUCCGGAAGCACAAUGUUUCCGGCCAAUUGAUGCUAUUAACACUAGUUUGAAUAGCUUAAACUUAAGUCCUAAAACUUCUCCACAGUCAGGCUCUUCACCACACUCGGCUUCGUCAACUUCACCAACAUACAAGGGCAGCCCAAAUCCCUUAGCAGCCUCCAAUGGUUCAUUUAUACAACGUAGCCAAGCGCCGUUGACUUUUACUACGGCCACAUUUGCACAAACUAAGUUUGGAAGUACCAAAUUGAAGACGAGCUCAAAACGUUCCAACAGUAGCUCUUAUCGUAUGUCACCAACUGAAUUUUCCAAUUAUAUCAAACAACGUGCCAUGCAACAACAGCUGCAUCACGGACAUGGUCCAGCAACAGCCCCACCACAUCCUACUAAUCACUUUGGCGCUAUUGGCCACGUAUCACCGGCACGCUCGCUUUCACCGAAUCCACUGUCACUUGGUCUGGCUCAGAAUGAGAAUCCUUUCUAUUUCCCCAGCAUGGUUGGUAUGUAUCCACAGUUUAAUGCUCCACGUAAUAUUUUUGAAGCGGCACACUUUCAUCCCGAAGCAAAUAACUUGUAUAAUGCAACAAAUCAAAGUAAAUUCAAUACUUACCUGGAUCCUCAUGGCUUUUACGGUUUGAAUGGUUUAAGUGGUAACCAUAUUCAACCUCAACAUAUAUCACAAGUAACCCAACAAUCACAAGUGAUAACCAAUCAACAUAAUGGCCAAAACAAGGUACUCAUCAAUGGCAGUAACUCAAACGAAAUGAUCAACAAACUAGAGGGAGUAAUAAGCAACACUCCAAUGAAAAGCAAUGCUACUGCAAUUACGGUGACAGUCACAACUGGCAGUACAGACACAUCUCAGCAAAAUAACACUGCAACUGUCCCAACAUCAGCUCCGACUCCUACAUCAGUCGUUAACAAUUCCAACGCAUCAGCAAAUGCCGUUGCCGCAGCCAUAACUGCUGCUGCCAACAAUCAAGACACGAGCUCCGCAGCUGCUAACGCCAAUACCAAGUCAAUGAUGGAAGGGCUUAACUCAUUCUAUAGCAAUGCAACUGGUGGCUCCUAUCAACAACUUUUAGUUGCCAACUAGAUUUUAAAAUGCUAAACUUUUUAUCGCUUACAUUUUUAUACCAUUUUCAAAAUUCAAAAGAAUAACUAAUUUAAUUUUAUAAUUAAAUUAGUGGCGAGUACACUUUUUAUAAAUGUGAACAAAAUACAAAAUAUUUUUUUAACUGCAUAAUGAAAUCACAAGAAAAUGAUUAUAUUUUUUUUAAACACUUAUACUUAGCCUAACUAACUUUAAUCCCUCAAUUUGUAAACUAAAUAUAAACGGAAUAAAUAAAUUU